GCUUGGACGAACAUUCUCAUAAAGACCUCGAGAGCGGCCAGGAAACAAUUUCAUAUGCGGAGAAGCUGUGCACCGCGAACACAAUUGAUCAGGGCAUGAUCAUCGGCUGGUAUACGCCUGAUGAUCCAGAAAACCCCUUAAAUUGGUCUUUGGGGCGCAAAGCAUGGGUGACAUUGCUUAUCUCGCAAGUGCAAUACAUUGUUGACAUCGACCAUCUACUGACCGAUACCAGGGCUUACUCAUUCAUCGUCUAUUGUGGAUCGUCUAUUGUUAUCCCCAGUUACGAGUUCAUGAUGCUUCGAUAUGGCAUUUCUAGGGAGGUCGUUCAGCUAACCUUGGCUAUCUACGUCGUUGGAUACGGUGUCGGCCCUUUGGUUUUCUCGCCAUUGAGUGAAAUUGCUCGCAUCGGUCGCAACCCUCCUUACGUAUUAUCCUUUAUACUGUUUGUAAUUGUGUCGAUUAUCCUCGCAGUCAUAGAUAACUUUCCAGCCAUCGUCGUACUGCGUUUUCUUCAGGGCUUCUUUGGCAGUCCAUGUCUGGCCAGCGGGGGCGCCACUAUACAGGAUAUGCUUUCGUUGAUCAAUGCCCCCUAUGGAUUCAUAUUUUGGGUCACUGGAUUUUAUUGUGGCCCGGCCUUGGGACCGUUACUGGCAGCCUUUGCGGUGACCUCCAACUGGCGCUGGCCUCUAUGGGAGAUUGUUCUAAUGAGCGCACCAUUCCUCAUCAUUCUCGUCUGCCUACUGCCCGAGACGUCGCAUGAGACAAUUUUACUUCGUCGAGCCCAACGCCUUCAUCGCUUCCAUCCAGCAGUUUUGGCCCCAGAUGAGACUAGACAGCUUGGCUUCCAGGCCAUAUUGAUCGACGCAUUGAUCAAGCCAAUUGAAAUGACAGUUAUGGACCCAGCUCUCGCAUAUAUGUCCGUUUACGUGUCGUUUGUGUAUGCUGUCUAUUACUCAUUCUUCGAGGCCUUCCCAAUUGCCUACGGCAGUGUAUAUCAAAUGCCCCAAACCUCUUUGAGCUUGAUAUUCCUCGCCAUCAUUGUUGGGUGUGCAUUAGCCGCAGGACUGUAUGGGGUGUAUCUAAAGUAUAGCUUUAUUCCUCGGUGUCGCAACGACAAUCCCAGUCAAGAAGACCGUCUGAUUCCAACACUCCCCGCAGUCUUUCUCCUCCCCGCUGGUCUUUUCAUGUUUGCCUGGACAGUCCGACACUCAGUCCACUGGAUCGUGCCUACCAUCGGCAUAGUCAUAUAUUCGGGAUCAUCCUUUGUUGUUUAUCAGGCGAUUAUCGUCUACAUAUCGUUAUCGUACCCGCGUUAUGUGGCCUCGCUCUUUGCGGCGGCCGACGUUACGCGAUCCAUAACGGCCGCCGGGUUCGUCAUGUUCGCGCGGUAUAUGUUUCUUGACCUGGGAAUUGGCAAAGGGGUUACCGUGCUGGCGGGUCUCUCGGUUGGAGGUAUCUUUGGGAUGAUUUUUAUCUAUGUGUAUGGCGCGAAGCUGCGAGCGCGGAGCAAGUUUGCUGUGGGGGAUUGACUAUGCAAGGCUGGUCUGAGGCCUCCGCCCGCGCCAUCUUCUGAUUCAUAUACAUUCGCCUGUUACACACAAACGCAUUGACGCUGGUUACCGAGCUGUCUGUCGGUUCCGUACACCGUCAGGUGUAGAAGAAACCCCGUAUUUUGCUAUUCGUGUCCAGCCCUAAUAAAAACACACCAAAAGAUAGGAUGGUUAUUUCGUACAGACAACCAAUAGAAUGUGGCAGCGUACAAACAACAAUGACCGUCUAUCAACUUCCCUUUCGGGGUUGCCAGCUGGUAUCAAGACUGCAGUGACAUAUCAUACAAGUCGUAAAGGCAUGCCACAAUGAGCGUAACAACGUUUACUUACUGUAUUAGCCCACUUUACCGUCG